GUCACGAUGCUCGUGAUCGCGAUGCUCGUGGUCACGAUGCUCGAAAUCACGAUGCUUGUGAUCACGAUGCUCGAGGUCACGAUGCUCGUGAUCACGAUGCUCGAAAUCACGAUGCUCGUGAUCACGAUGCUCGAGGUCACGAUGCUUGUGAUCACGAUACUCAUGAUCAUGAUGCUCAAGGUCACGAUGCUCGUGAUCACGAUGCUCCUGGUCACGAUGCUCGAGGUUACGAUGCUCGUGAUCGCCAUGCUCGUGGUCACGAUGCUCGUGGUCACGAUGCUCGUGAUCACGAUUCUCGAGGUGACGAUGCUCGUGAUCGCGAUGCUCGUGGUCACGAUGCUCGAAAUAACGAUGCACGUGAUCACGAUGCUCGAGGUCACGAUGCUCGUGAUCACGAUGCUCGAGGUCACGAUGGUCGUGAUCACGAUGCUCGUGAUCACGAUGCUCGAGGUUACGAUGCACGAAGUCACGAUGUUCAUGAUCACGAUGCUCGAGGUCACGAUACUCCUGAUCUCGAUGCUCGAGGUCACGAUGCUCGUGGUCACGCUGCUUGAGGUCACGAUACUCGUGAUCACGCUGCUCGAAAUCGCGAUGCUCAUAAUCACGAUGCUCGUGGUCACGAUGCUCGAAGUCACGAAGUCACGAUGCACGAGCUCCCCGCGUCCCACUGUCAGCAGCAGCGUAGCUUCUAAUGAGGAUGGACUCGUUAAUGGUCGGAGGUCAGACGACGAGACCAAAGCGCACGACGAGGCGAUCUUUCCGCGGAACCCGUGCUGCAAGUCACUCGAUCAACUCGACCGGAAUCUCUCAUCAUUGUCACCAUCAGAAGCCCCGUGGACGGUCCUGAUCCACCGCCUCGCCCUCUGGCGGUCGCAUCUAAGCCAUCAAUUCCACCUCCCGGAACCGUCCGACAUCCUCAGAGAAGCCGGCCGGCUGUUCGUGUCGCUGGCCGUCAGCGCCGUGCUGCUGACGUCCGUCAGCGCGCCGGCGACGGCCAUCGUGCAGGCGCCUCCUCGCAAGCUGAUGCCGGACGAGCAGGCGACGGUUCAACUUUUCAACGAAACGACCCCGAGUGUCGUGUAUAUCACGAAUCUGGCCGUUCGGAGGGACGUGUUUACACUUGACGUGAUGGAGGUGCCGCAGGGGUCCGGGUCGGGAUUCAUUUGGGACCGCGAAGGCCACGUGGUGACGAAUUACCACGUCAUUCGCAACUCCAGCGACCUGCGAGUAACACUGGCGGACCAAUCAGUGUACGCGGCUGACGUGGUGGGGUACGACCGUGACAAGGACGUGGCAGUGCUGCACAUCGACGCGCCCAGGAGCAAGCUGCGCCCGCUGCGAGUGGGCAGCUCCUUCGACCUGCAAGUGGGGCAGCGGGUCUACGCCAUUGGGAACCCCUUCGGUUUGGACCAUACCCUCACCACAGGCGUGAUCAGUGGGCUGAGGAGGGAGAUCAGCAGUGCAGCAACGGGGCGGCCCAUCCAGGACGUGAUACAGACGGAUGCGGCCAUCAACCCGGGCAACAGCGGGGGGCCGCUGCUGGACUCCAAUGGCAACCUCAUCGGCAUCAACACCGCCAUCUACUCGCCCUCUGGGGCCUCCUCUGGCGUCGGCUUCUCCAUUCCCGCUGAUACGGUAGCAGGCAUAGUGGAGCAGAUAAUUAAGUACGGGCAGGUCACGCGGCCAGUGCUGGGCAUCUCCUUCGCCCCCGAGCAGUCUCUCGAGCAGCUGGGAGUGGCUGGGGUGCUUGUGCUCGAUGCUCCCCCCUCCGGCCCCGCAGGGAAAGCGGGCAUCCGGCCGACGACUCGGGACAGCUACGGGCGGCUGGUGUUGGGGGACAUCAUCACGGGCAUUGAUGGCAACACCGUUCGCAACGGCUCGGACCUCUACCGCAUCCUCGACCGCUGCAAGGUUGGCCAGAAGGAUUCGUCCUACGUCACAUGGAUCGACCGUCGUUCGAUCCUCCUCUUUGUCGCCGCCGUCUCCGCCGGCGUCGCUGCCGGCGCGACGGCAGCGGUGACGGCGACGGUGUUUCCGUACUCGCUGGGGCUACUGAUCGGCAUGCUCCGCACCAAUGACGGAAAGAAAGACGCUAAGACUACUAAGACUAAAGAGAAGACGACUAAAAAGGCCGGCACGAGCAGUAGUAGUUUCAUCAGCGGCGGCGGGAAUAUCACCGCGAGCGGCGGAUACGGCGUGGGGCCGCUGACGAAGGAAGGGCAGUUGCGAGAUGUGGUCAUGAGCGCUGUUAUCGAAUCAUCCGCGUUACAAGUCUCCUUCGACUCGUUUCCGUACUAUCUCAGCGAUGCCACGCGCAACGCGCUGGUGGACGCGUGUUUCAUCCGCCUGCGCCGCCCCGAGUUCCUGCGCUUCACCGCUGACCUCCCAUCACUCUCCGCGCGCAUCCUGCUCUCCGGCCCCCCAGGUCCUUCCUCUCCCCCUAGAUUCCUUUGUCCGCCCCCAGCUCUCACACUCGUAGUUUCCCUGUAUGAGAUGCAUGCUGCUGCUGGUGCAGGUAUGGCUGGUGCAGGUAUGGCUGGUGCAGGUAUGGCUGGUCCAGGAGCAGGAGUAGGGGAGGAGGGGGAAGGUGGAGGAGAUGGCACAGAGGGAGGUGCGGGGGAGAGGGGUGCUGAGGAUGCAGCAGAGGCAAGUCAGGGAGAGGAGGCGGAGGAGGAAGAGGAGGCCGAGGGCGAGGAGGGGAGGCAAGGAGAGGGCGGUGCAGUGAGUGGGGAGGGGGCGGGAGAGACAGGGGCGCCAGGGGAGGCACAAGUCGCUGGUCCCACGAGUGAGGCUGCAGGGGGGGAACAAGUAUCCGGGGGGGGGGAUGGGGGAGGUGGUGACGGGGAAGGGGGUGAUGGGGGAGAGGGGGAAUCCGCCCUGGCUGCUGAUGUGGAGAUCGAUGGGCCUGCUGACGUGGCGUCAGGGGAGCUGGAGCUGGCAGAUGGAAUGGAUGAGGGACAGGGGGGAGAGAGGGCGGAGGCGCAGGGGGAGGGGGAGAGGGUGGAGAGAGAAGGGGAAGGCGCGGAGAGGGAAGAAGCUGAGAGGGAGGGCGGGGGAGCUGCGGGGGAGGCAGGAGGGCUGCAGAGUGUGCCGUGUGUGCACGGGGCAGGUGGUGUUUGCACUGAUCUGCCUGCCAAUGGUUGCAGCAGCAGCAACAUCGCUGCCAGUGCUGUCAUUGCUGCGUGCAGCACAAUUUCCCAUCCUCCUGAUCCGGCUGCUCCUGGCGCCACUCCGCCUGCUGCCCCCUCGUCUGCUCUUUCUGUGUCUACUGCUGCUAGCAGCUCGUGCGAGGAGGCGGAGCAGAGCACUGCUGCUGGUAAUCCUUCUGCCUGCACCCAGCCGGACAGCAUACCGCCCCCCAGCACCGCACACACUGGCAGUAUCCACACCAGCACUGCCGCUGCUGGUGACGGUGCCAAGCCUAACAGGCCCGAGCAGGAGGAAGAGGGGCAGCAGGGCAGCAGCACCGUGAGUAAACGCGGCAGUGGGGGUGCGGGAGGAGGGAAAGGCGGUGUGGAUCUGCGAGCAGUGAAGCUGAAGGAGCUCUCCUCCUCGCUCAUCCCCCGCUCCCACCACUCCAAGUCCUCUUCAUCCUCCUCGUCCUCCCAUAAGAAGAAGGGCAGCAGCAAGGGAUCAAAGAGCGCAGCGAAGGAGGGAGGGGGUGAGGGGGAGGGUGUCGGGAAGGGCGGGAGCAAAGAGGAGGUGGGGAUUGGGGCAGCGGUGGCAAGUACAGGGCACAAGGCGAAGAGCAAGGGGGAGAAGGAGAAGGAGGGUGCUGGAAGCGAGGGGAAGAAGAGCAGCGAGAGUGUGGAGGGGUCAAAGAAGGGCUUUAAGAAAGGCGACAGAGUGCGCUACAUGGGCCCGCCCUCGCUCUCCUCUGCUGCACCCCCACCGCCAUCGGCCUCGCUUCUGCCACCCUCCAUGCGCGGCCCCCCAGUGGGGUUGAAGGGGCGCGUGGUGGUGGUGCUGGAGGAGAAUCCCCACCGCGUGGGCGUGCGUUUCGACAAGCCCAUCCCGGGCGGCAACAGUCUCGUGGACGUGUGCGACGAUGGGCAUGGCGCUUGGUGCCACGUGUCGGAGCUGCGGCUGGAGGGGGCGGCAGCAGACGACGUGGAGAAGCAGCUGGUGGACCAUUGCAUGGCGGUGGCAGCAACCGUAGCGGCCACAUCUCCGCUCAUUGUGUUCAUCCCGGGCGCAGACAGAAUCGCAGCAGCGCAUUACGAGCGGCUCGUGAGGCUAGAGCGCAUGGAGCGCUUGGGUGUUGUUGGGGAGAGAGGUGCGGAGAAGGGGGAGAAGGGAGAGAAAGGGGAGAAGGUGAAGGAGAGGAAGGAAGGAAAGGAGGUGAAGGAGAAGAGUGAGCCGCUGCGGCUGGUGGUGAUUGGUUCUCACACAGUGCCGCCCAAGAAGGACAAGGCGCCAGCAGCGGCAGCAGCCCCCAAGACCACGGACAAGCUCUCUGCUCUGCUCGACCUCUCCUUCCUGGACCAGCUCUCCUCACGGCUAGAGGACGGACGGGGGGAUGGUGGAGGGGGCAAGGCGGGCGGCAGGGCGGUGUCUCGCAUCUUCCCCACCUCCAUCCCGGUGCUGCCGCCCGCACAAGACGAUGACGUGGCGCAGCGUGAUUGGGCGAGGCAGCUGGAGGGUGACGUGGAGCUGAUGCGUGCUGAGAGCAACCGCCGCCUGCUUAGAUCGGUGAUGUGCACAGCAGGAGUGGAGUGUGCAGACAUUGACAGGCUCUCAAUCGCCUCCCACUCUCUUCCCCAGGAGGGAGCGGAGCGCAUGGUGGGGUGGGCCAUCAGUCACCAGCUACAGCACAGCCAACAAGCCGACACGCCUCCUGCCCGCCUCCCGCUCUCUCUCUCCAGUAUUCGGCAUGGAGUGGAGGUGGUGGAGGGAGCAUCUCAGCAGCAGCCAGCCACACAGCGCAAGGCACUUAAGGACGUGACGUGCGACAACGACUUUGAGAGGCUGCUACUGGGGGAGGUGAUACCUGCGGAGGAGCUGGGCGUGCGUUUUGAGCACAUCGGCGCGUUGGAGGGCGUCAAGGAGGCUCUAAGAGAGGUCGUCAUGCUGCCACUUCAGCGACCAGAGCUGUUUCAAACGGGCCAGCUCACUAAGCCGGUACGGGGGCUGCUGCUGUUUGGUCCACCGGGCACGGGCAAGACGAUGCUGGGCAAGGCGGUUGCUACGGAGUCAGGGGCGAACUUCAUCAGCCUCUCCAUGGCCUCCGUUGCAUCAAAGUGGUUUGGAGAGGCAGAGAAGUAUGUGAAGGCCGUGUUCACGCUGGCCAGUAAAAUUGCGCCAUGUGUCAUCUUCGUGGACGAGGUGGACAGCAUGUUGGGGCGGAGAGGCGGCGACUCGGAGCACAGUGCAAUGAGGAAGCUGAAGAACGAGUUCAUGGCGGCAUGGGACGGGCUGCGCUCCAAGCAAGCCGAGCGCAUCCUCGUGCUCGGCGCCACCAACCGCCCGCAUGACCUCGAUGAUGCCGUCAUUAGACGGUUCCCCAGAAGGCUGUUCGUGGAUCUGCCUGACUGCACCAACCGAGCCAAGAUUCUGAAAGUCAUUCUAAAGGAUGAGGACGUGGAGCCAGGCUUCAGCACCGAUGAGCUCGCUGCUGCCACCGAUGGCUACUCUGGUAGCGACCUCAAGAACCUGUGUGUGACAGCAGCGUUCCUCAGAAUAAAGGAGUUUCUAGAUAAGGAGAAGAAGGAGAAGGAGGAGGCGGAGAGGAGCGAGGGAGGUGCGGAGGGCAGCAGUGGAAGCAGCAGCGCAGCAGCAAGUGGCAGCCGGGAGGGCGACGCUGGUGCUGCUGACUAUGCCUCUCAAGGCUCGGCUUCCCCUGCUGCUGCACCAUGCCUGCGGCCAAUCAGCAUGAAGGACAUGCGGAAGGCAAUGGAGAAGGUAGGCCCUGCUGCGGUGCUGCUGUGCUGUGUUGCUGCCAUGCUGCCAUGA